AUGGCCACUAACGAAUGUAUCGUACAUUCUCGCAAAACUCUAUCCAAAUUUCAUGCUGCUGUUAAUCAACUUCGUCUUGAAAAACUGUUUUCUAAUGAUGUUUAUCGAGAAUUACCCAAACGAUGUUGUUCAUGUAAUGGAAAGCAAGGUUUAAAGACAAUAGAUCUUGAACCUCUACGUGAAUUGUCUAAGGAAAUAAUGUUGUCAGCAGCAUCUACUGUUAAAAUUCGAUUUUCAUCAUAUGAAAAUAGAUCGUUGUUGAUGGAAACUGAGGAAGACAACGCUGAUAAAGAAGAAAUGGAUACAGAAGAUCUAACUGAUACGACAGAAGAUGAUACAUCUGAAGAUUCAAUGUCGACAAGUGAUACUGAGAAAAGCGAUAGCCAACGUAAAUUAUCGAAUGAAGAAAUUAUUAAGGAAAAGUUUGCGAAAGAAACGUUCAAAGCUACGACAGCAACCGAUGGAUGCAUUGUGCAUAAUCCUAAAUAUCGAUCAAAAUUUAAUCAUGCUGUUAAUUUACUUCGUAUAAAACAGUUUAAAAAUUGGACUUAUCAUGAAUUACCAAAACGAUGUUGCUCGUGCAAUGGUAAAACAGGUCUGAAUGUAAUUGAUCUUAAUGUACUGGAAGGUACAUGUGAGGAAAUCGAAUUAAAUCCACCAAUCAAAACAGUAAUAGUGAAGCCUUCUCAUGUCUUGACCUUUCCAUUUGAAUCAACAUUAACAAUUCAAGAGCGUCGCACAAGAAUUUGCCGUUUUAUUGGAAAAAAAGGUCAAAACUUAACUAUGCUGCACAACAAAUACAAUGUUCGAAUUCAUAUUAUUGAUAGAUCUUCUCAUAAGAGACUACAUAAGAAGAUCAGUGAAGUACAAAAUAAAACGGUAAAGCGAGAUCUGAGUAAAGCGGAUGAACUCUACUUAUUAAUCACAGCAAAAAAUAAAUUAACAAUAGAUGUGAUUCCCAUUGAUGAAAUUAAACGUGAAAUAACUGAAAAAUGGGAAGAAGCAAGUGAAAUUAGAUUUAUCGAAAAAGAAUAUACUUUCGAUCAUGCGGAAUCAAGUAAGCGUUUUCAAUUUUUAUGUCUUCCAUUCGAAUCAGAAGUUUCAAUGGAAGCACGUAAAGACAUAAUCGGCCGUUUUGUUGGAAAAAAAGGGGAACAUUUACAUGGUUUGGAAAACAAUUACAAUAUUCGUAUACAUAUUAUUAAACAAGGAUCUUCUAAUGAGAAAUAUUUUCGACAACUGAUUGAACAACAAGAUCAAAGUAAUCAAGACAGUCUCUGCUUGUUUAUUACGAAGAAAAACAAAUCAGCAACUGAUGUAAUUCCAAUAAAUGAAGUUAAAGAAGAAAUAAGUAAGAAAUGGAAAGAAGCAAGUAUUGAGCCUCCUGAUUUACAAGGACCAUUUUAUUUUUUACCUCUUACAUUCGAGCCAAGAGUGUCUGUCCUGGAACGUUACAGAAAAAAUGGUCGUUUCAUUGGAAAAAAGGGUCAAAAUUUACGUACUUUGCAAGACAAACACAAUAUUCAUGUACACAUUGUGAAUCAACGGUCUUCUAAGAAUUUUCGUCGAAGACUUGCUAAAUUACAAGGUGAAGACAAAACGGAUAGUCUCUGUUUAUUAAUCACGAGUAAAAAUAAAUCGACAACAGAUAGAAUUCCUAUCGAUAAGAUCAAACAAGAAAUACUUCUACAAUGGAGAGGUGGAAAUAUAGGUCGUGGUUUUACCAAUAGCAAGAAAUCAUCAAAAUCCUACUAUCUAUCGAUUGCGGCGACUGAUCUAGCUUCCGAUGAUCGAUGGCAUCCAAAACGAAAUCGUCGUGGGAAAUAA